AUGCCCUCCGCAUCGGUCCUGGCCGGACUGGGCCUGUCAUUCGUCGUCAGCUGGACGAGCGGGCGCUACCUUUCCUCUCAGCUGUCGCGUGCUGAUCCUUACUUGCGCCAGCGUCUUCUUUCUCUCCGGGCUAACGCACGCGAGCAUCCAUCCUCGCUGACCCCCACGCCUCCGCCUCCGCCGUCGUCCCCGCGCCGUAGUACAUAUAACACGGGCGAAACGAUGAAGCCCAUCAACGCCACCUCCACCACUACUGGGCUGGGCGAUCCGGUGACCGAAAAGGACAGCAGCGGCAAGUUCAGCCCCGACGCCGACGUCGAGGGCCUCAGUCCUCGCGAUGCGGGCUCCGUCGCCGAGGGCCACAUCCAGCAGGACCGCCUACGGCGCGCCCUGUCGGCGCGACAGGUGCAGAUGAUUGCCAUUGGCGGCACCAUUGGCACCGGGCUGUUCCUGGGCACCGGCAAGUCGCUGGCGACGGGCGGGCCGGCCUCGAUGCUCCUCUGCUACGCCAUUGUCGGCGCCAUUGUCUUUGUGACGAUGCUGUCUCUGGGCGAGAUGUCGGCCUUUAUCCCCGUCGCCGGCAGUUUCUGCACCUUUGCAAGAAUAGAAGAAGCAAAGAAAAGGGAAAUCGGCACUGACACACGUCUUAGCCGCUUUGUCGACGACGCCUUCGGAUUCGCCCUCACCUGGAACUACUGGUUCAACGACGCCGUAUCCACGGCCACCGACCUCGUCGCCCUGCAGCUGCUCCUCGACUACUGGCACACCAACUUCCCUGGCGUCGCCUUCAGCCUCAUCUUCUGGGUCGUGCUCAUCGCCGCCAACAUCAUCACGGUGCGCGCCUACGGCGAGCUCGAGUACUGGCUGUCGCUGCUCAAGAUCCUCACCAUCAUCGCCUUCAUCUUUGUCGGCAUCGCCGUCAACGCCGGCGGCAACACGGAGCACCGGUACAUUGGCGGCUCCAACUGGCACAUCCCCGGCGCGCCCUUUGUCGGCGGCAUCGGCGGCUUCGCGUCCGUCUUCGUGACGGCGAGCUUUGCCUACGGUGGCACAGAGUCCAUUGCCAUUACCGCGGGCGAGACCAAGGACCCGCGCCGCAACAUGCCGCGCGUCGUCAAGAAUGUCUUUUGGCGCAUCCUGCUCUUCUACAUCCUGUCCAUCCUCCUCAUCGGCCUCAACGUGCCGUAUACUAGCGAUGGCCUCAAGAACAAGGACUCGCGCACGUCGCCCUUUACCCUCGUCUUCCAGAUGGCCGGCGCAGAAGUGGCGGGCAGCAUCAUCAAUGCCGUCGUCAUGACCAGUGUGCUGUCGGCCGGAAACCAUGCCUUGUUUGCCGGAUCUCGCUUGUUGUACACGCUGGCGUUGCAGGGCCAUGCGCCACGCGUAUUUGCGCGAUUGAAUAGAGGCCAAGUCCCGUGGGUUGCCGUCCUCGCCACCAGUUUCAUCGCCGGAUUGUGUUUUGCCUCCAGCUUUAUCGGAGCCGGUCAGCUCUGGGCGUGGCUUCAAAAGGACAGCAUUGUGGGUGUCUCGAACCAGCUCAGCUGGAUCGCCAUCGGCAUCGCUUCCAUCCGUUUCCGUAGCGGUCUGGCAGCCCAAGGGAAAACACAUCUCUUGACUUUUAAGAAUUGGACAUACCCGUGGGGGCCUUGGUUCUCCGUCAUUCUGAACAGCUUUCUGGUUCUGGUGCAGGGUUGGACCUCAUUCAAAGACGGGUUCCACGCUGUCGACUUUGUCAGUCUAUACGUCGAGCUGCCCGUCAUGCUGAUCAUGUUCUUGGGUUGGAAGUUUUACAAGCGCACCAAAUUUGUCAAAGCAGAGGAGAUGGACCUCGAGACGGACGUGUAUCACGACGAACCCGAGGAAGAAAAUCUGGCACCUGCCUGGCAAUCGAGGACCAAAAAGGUGCUCAACUGGUUGUUUUAG